AAUACAACACGAAUCGUAGAAAAUUAACAUAAGCAUCGUAUAUUUUUCUCUCUCUAGCUAUGUUAAUGUGUCUAUUGCUAUCUUCUUCUUAAUGUCCAAUAAUCAGCAGAUGUUAUUAUCUUUUAAUUCUUAUAGUGUAAUAGAAAGUUGUUCUGUCUGAAUUCUAUGACCAUCUUUAUCUUUUUAUUCCAAAAAUGAACAAUUUAGCUCAAAUAAAAAUUAUAUGAUAAAGCAAUAAUAAUAUAUCGUCUCAGUAAAUUGUUAUAUUUUUCAACAAUAUCCAAUAGAAAGUGUUCCUACUUCCCUCAGUGAAAAGUAAAAAUGGCUCAAGUCGAACAACCGAUGUUUAUACUACCCAAGAAAAGAAAUGGAAAGAAACAAAAUACAAUACCGAGCCAUGUAGACCACAUAAUUAGCGUCCAGGGAGCUACGGACAAUGAGUUACCAGCAAAAUAUAAAAAUGGACUUUCACCCGUCACUGAACAUGUUGUGAAUGGUAUCAUACAUUCCACAAUGGAGGGACUGAAAUCAAACAUGAAAAUUAACUUACCCAUCAUCACUGAUGUCUAUGAUGAAGAGUCCAAUGAACAAAAUGGUGACAAUGAGUCUCAAAAAUCUCAAAGGAGUGGUUACCAGCCCCUCACUGCCAUAAACAGCAGCAGAGAUAUAAUUGACUUGUCUCCAAUUUAUGAGAACUCAUCAGAUGCAUGCUCAAGUCAUGGAGAUUUAAGAGAGAGCACUGAGAAUGAUACACACAAAAGUUGCAGAAUCCUAAACUCAGACCAGAAUGAAAGCUCAUCAGCUACUCCCAAUAGUCUGUCGCAAACUCAAUCUGAGAACAGUUUUGAAAUGGGAGCACUCACCGACAGUUUAAAAAACAGUGCUAAAAGGAAAAAGCGAGUGAACAUUGUCCCUGGAAUAGUUGAAUCUGAACAUACAGACACUGAAAUCACUGCAUUGCGAGUAGAAUCAGAAGGCUCAAUUUCACCAGAAUGCUCCUUAACAGAUAACUCAAAAGAUGGUUACUUGACAAUGACUGGCACUAUAAAAAGAGGUAAGAAAAAGGGUCAGAAUGUUGAUGUCAAAUUAAACAUAUCAAGAGAAGAAUUGGAAAUUAUUGAAGCUGCUAUUGUAGCUGAAGAAUAUAAUAAAAUGGAUAUAUCCAAAUGUUCGCUGUAUAAUGGCCCCCAUAUAUUUUUGUUUACACUAAUUUGCAUUCCAUUUGUUGCUUGCAUAUCAGCUAUGUACUCAUUUUAUAUGGGUACUAUGACAUGGUAUAACAUCUUUACACAUGUCACAGAAAAUCUGAAUUGUGUUAAAAAGGUGUUUUUGGCUCCAAUAGUGAUACUAUUGUAUCCAUUUUUGAUAGUCACUUUCACUAUUGGACUAGGUUUGUACGCUGGAAUUGUUCAACUCACUUUCAGUGGUGCCAACUGGUGGAAGGAUGUGUGUGAUUUUGAAAAGGGUUUUUAUGGCUGGCUCUGUAGUACAUUAGGUAUAUCAGAGUGCAGUCCAUAUGAAGUUGUUGUGCUUAUGGAUGUGAAACCAUGCUAAAUUAUAAAUGUGGGGUUCACAUUACAUUAUAAUCUGUAUCUGUGCUGCCAUAUUUAACCAUUAGAAUUAAGCUAUUCUUAAAAUAUUCUUAGUAAAAAUUCUUGAAACUUACAACAUAUAUACAGUGUAAGUUGACUGAUUUUCAUGUAAUUGUUUAGAAAUAUUAAGAAGUAAGAUUUUAACUGGAUUGGGCAGGGAUAUGACAAUCAAAAUAUUAGAAAUAUUUAGGAUAAACAUCAAAGAUAUGGAGAUAAUGUCACAGAAAAAACAGAUCAGGGAAACAAUUAUUUAGCUUAAUAUGUAAUUCAAGUUCAUUAUGUCUUGGCUCUGUUUGCUGAAGAUAUCAGUUUUUAUAAUUCUUCUAAACUAUAAUCUACUUUUUUUACUUGAUUCUCUUUAAUACCUACCAAAAAGGUUUGAUAAUGGCUAGUCCAAUACUACAGUACUUACAGAUGUUUAAUUAUUCUGACUAAAAUACAAAAAGUAAAAAAAAAAACAUGUUUACGUCAUCUAUGUGUCGGUACUCGGUAAUAACAUGGAAAGCAGCCAAUAUGAAAAAAGAUUGCAUUUGUUUCUUUCAGAAUUAAGUAUUGGUUAAAAAUAAUGAUAUGUUGCAUAUAUGCCAUCUUUGCAAUCUUCUCCUAUUUGUGUUAUUAGAAACAAUUUUUUUUAAACAAUUCUGUUACUGAAUUAUUUAAUAUUAGCAAUGUUUUAUUAAUGUGAAAAUCAACAUAUAAUCUAAUAUAGUUCUCAUCUGUAGCUAAUGUUGAUUUCUAUUCUAGGCAGAACUUUUAAGUUUAGUGCCAGAGGAUAGCCCUACAUAUAGAUAAAACCUCUUUGUAAUAUUAAUAUAUUAUGUAACUUAACAGUUUAAGAAUCUUCCUUUGCUCAAUCUCUUCCAAUCUAUAUUUCUUUCUAUUUAUAUUCUCUAGUCAUUACAAUUGUACUGAUUUAUUAUUGUGUGUUUACAAAUGUGUGGUCAUGUAGAAUAAGGAUACUUAUAGUUAAUAAUUUACAUAUCUUAAAUGCUAUUUAUAUUAUUUACAAAUUCAAAUUUCCAUUAAAAAUUAUAUGUACUGGUGACAUAUGAAUGGAGGCAUACUUCUAGCCAAUGAUGGACUGCUAUUUGGUAAAGAUUUGAUAAAGACAUUUAAACUAAAUUAUAGAAUAGGGUUAUAGAUAAAAAUAUUCCAUUGAUCUAAAAUAAUAUUUUCAGGAAAUAGGUAUAGGUCGUUUAACAAUGAAAGCAAUUUUUUCUGCUUAGCAAAUUUUUAUUGAUAUCUUUGAUAGGAUGAUGCUUUUUGCAUUAGGAAUGAUUAAUGAAAUCUUUUAGAAAUAUUUUUUUUAUAAUGAUCAUAAUCAACAUUAUUUAUGAAGACUGAUGUAUUCUAGUCACUAUUGUGGUAUGCAUUUUCUACCCAAUAAAGUAUUUUACAAAA